GCGGGUCGGGGUCAGCCGCUGCGAUUGGGUGUGGAUCCUCGUCUGACGGACGGACGUACAGACAAGGGACACAGCGACUCGGAGGUUAUCAUGGACCCCAAGAAGGCCCGCCGCCGCGCCCGCGCCGCCCUGCAGAAGGCCCUCCUCAAGGCCGAGCAGGCCAAGGCGGACGAGGGGCUGGCCGCCUGCCUGCCCAUGAUGGCUGCGCUGCAGCUGCAGUCGCCGGCGGGCAGCGGCGGCGGCGGCGGCGGCGCAGCGGGCAGCUUCUCGCUGGUGACCAGUGCCUCGCGGAACGCCACGUCAGGGGGGCCGCAUGGGCCCUCUGCGGCGGGGGGUCCGGGGUGUCGAGGGGCCGGCGCGGCGGGACUGGGCAUGACGUCACCGUCCACACCGCAUGCUAUCGAGUACGCCAAGCAGCGGGGACUGUAUCGAGGCGACGGGCAGCAGUGGACGGUACCCGGUCUGAAUGCAGCUUACGACACACCCGAACCCGCCGCCAGCAGCCCGCCCUCCACCUCGCCACUCACCUGCCGGCCGCACAGCCCUACACGCCUGGGUGUCACCGCGGGCCGGGGCGGCGGCAGCGCAGGAGCGGCCGGCGGCCUCGGCUCCUCCUCGAACGCCUUCAAUGCGAUCCUGUUGGCGCCCAACAACCCUGCCGCAUUCGCUGCCGCCGCGGCGGCCUCCGCCGCCGCCGCCGCCGCGGCUGCGGCGGCUGGGACGGCGAACGUUGGCGGCGGGAGGCAGCCAGCAGCAGUUGCCCUGCUGCAGAACCGCUCGCCGCAUUACGCGUUCGCUGCGUUUGGUGGGAGUACGGCGCUGGCGGCGGCGGCUGCCGCCGCCGCCGCUGCCGCCGCGGUGACGGGUGGGCGUGAUGAUAUCGCCGGCAGCGGCGGCAGCACCCUUAGCGGCGGUGCCGCCGACGGCAUGGGCUCUCCUUCUAGUAACUACUCCCGCGUGUUGAGCCCCAUUCCCGGCGUGUCACGGCCGUACACGUCACGAACAUCGGGUGACAACGGAGGCCGCAGCGUCAGCGGCAGCAGUGGCGGCCGGACUGCUCGCGAGCUCUCAUCGCCAAUGCGAGGGGGUGCGGAUCUCCUUACCAGCCCCAGAUGGGAGGAGGACGCUGCCGCCGCCGCCGCCGCCUCCAGCAAUCCCGCCGCUGCCGGGCCGCUGGCUGCCUCCGCCGCUAUCAGCGUCAUCGGCGGCGGCAGCGGCGGCAUCGGCGAGGCCGAGGAGCGAGAGGACUGUACGGCGCUGCAAGUGGCGGCGGCGGUGGCGGGUGCCUUGGAUAACGAGCGCCUGCGUCGCGACCGGGAAGCCCUAGAGGCGCAGGUGACGGAGGCUGUGCUCACCACUAGCCCGCUGUUCCAACGGCUAUAGACCAUGAUGCCGGGCGGGGAGGCGGCAGGGCAUGUAGACUAGGAGCUACACUAGCUAAGCUGAGCGUGAGCCGUCGGCUGCUCGCCUGUGCACAGAGAGCACGGCUUGGUACCGGUUGUGGCCUGCUGUGUGGGAGCGGGUGCUAGCGUGCGUGGUUUGCAGCCACGGCUGUGUGCUUUCAGCCUGGACAGAGGGGCUGAUUUGAGCGGGGGAUGAGAGCGGUGAACAGCGGGUAGAGGGUUGUCCGAGGCGCUGCAUGGCUACGCAGGUAGGGCGCUGACAUGUUGGGGGCUGGAGGAAGCAGCGGGAGCUGCCGCUGGGGUGCUGGCAUGGCAGAAGGGAGGAGGGUGUGUUGUGUAUUGUGAAGGGGGAUCUUGCGUGCCAGGCUGGUCGUUUGGGGAGGGCCCACUGGUACUGUUGCAUUGCCAGCCACACUUGAGCGUUGUGUGCGUAGAAGUGCCGAGAAGGGGGGAGCGCGCUGUGUUUGGAAUACCAACUUGAGUGUCUUGUGUUGGUCGCAUGGUGACUGCGGUAACGUUACACUGGGGAGAGUCAGAAAGGGAUGACGUGGGUUCAGCUAUAGCACACUAGGCACUCGGCAUUGUGUAGGUGGGCAUGCAGGGCAGGAUUCGGCCUAGGAGCCAACAGCGCAGCUCAGGAGGUGUCAGGUGAGGAGUGGUGAGGUGUAAAAGCAUGGCUAGGGGGCGGCCGAGGUAGGUGGCAUGGCAUGGGGUAACUGGCAUUCGCAUUUGGCGUGAUGUGCGAAGUGAGCUUGCAGCUGGUGAUACUGGAAGGGGGUGAUGGGAAUGGAGUAGUGUGUUACUAUCCAGCCUUUGACUCGACAGGACUUCUAGGUUUGCAGCUCUUGUAGGACAUUAUAGUAGGAUCACUGUGUGUGCGUGUACAGCAUGCUGGAAAGGAUGCGUGUGAGAAGUGGCGCGUGACUGGCUGCAUGUCGGGUGUUCCCUAAAGGUGUGCGGUUGACGACCACCACCACCAGAGCUCGUAGGAGGCUAAGACGUCUUUAGCUGAUGUGUACAUAAAGCCUGGCUUCUGAGAUGGCUAAUGCCCAUGACGUGCUGCUCCUCGUUGCUUCACAACGUUUGAGACUUGCCGAGAUAUUGACCAUACGUGUUGUGAAUUUCACGGACGGAACAUGUCGCGCGCGUUGCAUCUCCUUGAAGAGGCUUAGGAGCCCGUGCUU